ACAGUCCACAGUUGCACAAAGUAACAGACUUUUCUUACACAAGCCGCUGUUUUCCUAAUCCGGGGGGCUGCUAUUCGUUUCUGAAACCAAACAAAGUGGUGAAGGUUUAACCUUUUUGACUCUAAAACCCUAAACCAUUGAGAGAAGCUUCAAGAUCAAUCAAUGGAGGGAGGUCGAGGUCAAGCGGUGUGUGGUCAGGAGGCUCUUGAUCUGCUCAAUUGCAUCGCUCAAUCUCCAUACGAUCAAGACAAAUGCCUCCGCCUCAUGACUUCACUGCGAGAAUGCGUCCUCAACAAGAAGGUGAAGAAGUUUUCGCUAGCUGAUCAGGAAAAAAAGGAUGCAAAGCCAGCUUACAAGAAAGCUUGAUUGAAUUUUGUGUUGAGAGGAUUGUUUGGCCAAGUAUUUUCCUAUGAAUGACUCUACAUCCGUUCGUUAUCCUGCCCAUUGAUGUGGUUUAACAACUGUUGAGGUAAUAUAACUACAUAAUUGCUCCUUUUGUAUCUGAUAUUUGGAAACCCUGGCCAUAUCAAUAUUAUUUGUAAAGUACUUGGGCACAGUUUAGAUGGAUUGCUGGCUUUUUCGAAUAUCAGUAUAACUUUGCCUUAAGUUUAUAUCCUUAAGGUAAAGUGAUGAUAUUAUUAGAGUGAUGGUAUUAUUCCCUUCCAACCCCGUGAAAUGAAGGGUGUGGUAUUAUUAUGAUCUCCUUUGAAAGGAAAUCCCGGUUUUCAAUCAUGCCAUAGAAAGCAAUUUCUGAAGUUGGCAUUAUGACUAGCAAUGUUUUAUUCAGCAAUGUAAAGCCCUGAAAACAAAAAUAAGGUAUGUUUGCUUUAGACUUUUAAGUGAAACAUGGUGAUACAGCCAUAGUCAGAAUGCUAUAACUGGCAUCAGCUUCGAUCAACAAAAUCUCCUGAUCCUCACUGGCAUCUAUUCCUUCAUCCAUUCUAUCUUGGGAAGAUCUGAAUCAUGGAUGAGGUAUGUAAGCACCAAGGCUAGCAACAUCAGCACACAUGCAAUCCCUUGAUCAAUCAAAAUCCCUGAAGAGAAAGAAAGUGAAAACAACUCAUUGGUGACCAAAAUGAAUAUCAACUUCUACUCUCCGACCAAAUGGGUUUUUGUUCGAACCUAUUUUGAUUCUAUAUGUACACCAACAUAGUUACAUUUAGAGUACAGGAUUCAAGGUGAGUUAGGUUAUUACCGUCGCUGCUGGGGCCGGGUGCCGGAGCUUUAUCAGGAGAGGGAGAUGAUGAUGGAGAU